AUGGCCCAGCGCAACGGUAUGGCAUUAGCAGGUGGAACGGAUCUAAAGCAAUUUGACGAACAGAUGCAACCUAUGGAUAUUGGUCAAGACGAUCUUGAUGCUGAUGAAGACUCCACAUGGGAUCAAAUGAAAUACUCUGAGGAAGCUGAAGACCAAAUAGACAUAUGGGAAUAUAUAUGGGACAUGGGAGAUAGGACCAACAGGGCAUCCUCAUUAUGUUCAUCAAGCUCAGUUGUGUUUCUGAGGACGGAAGAGGAUCCAAGAGAGAUGGGAGGGCAUAUGUCCAAGAUGAAUACUGAUGACAAAGCGGAAUUAAGGCUUGAUGGUCUUCCUUGGCUUUUGAAGCAACUACAGAUACAGCGUAGUGGGCAAAAUGGCGAUUCAGACUCUGAAGAAACAAUGGAAUUAGAAACGAGCAAGGUUGACAUGCCUCAACAGGGUUCGUUGGGGGAAGAAGUUCUAACCAAUCUGGAAGGGCCCGCGGCAGUGUGA